CACCAGUAACCGUUAUAUUGGAUUCUGGUGCUAAUUGUAAUAUUAUGGGUGAGAGUAUAGCAAAAAUAGUAGGCUUGAAAAUUGAUAGAGACAAAGUCCCAUUGCUAUGCAAUAAUACCUCCGAUACGGAAAUAUACAGUCCCAUUAGCGAGUUCAAUAUAUUGGGAUUAAUUCGUGCAAUAGAGAUUUCGAUCCAAUCUCAAGAUCGUAAAUGGGAGCAAGUGGAAGUUACUGAUGUUUUCGUUACCAAUGAACCCGAACUUGAAUCUGUACUAAUAUUGGGUCAGCCGUGGUUCCAGGAAAAUGCAAUGAAACUGGACUUCCCAAAUAAACUCUCACAUUACUCAAUGGAACUAAUUGUGAGGUUAAGUUAA